CCAAGCAUCAACAAAGUGCAGGGAAAUCUUUAAAAAAAGACGAAAAUCAUUGAAAAACAAGGGAAAAUCAACAGAAUUCAGGAUGUCAAAGCGACGAAUUGAAGUAGAGGAUCCGUAUAUAAAGAAAAUGCGGGAAGAAAAGGGCGCAAGCAGCAGUUCAACGUCACUCGGAUCCGCUGUUUCGGGCGGUGCGGUUGCCAAAGUCGCUGCAAAUACGAGUUUGAAUCCUUUCACGGGCAUCGCUUACUCUGCCAAUUAUCACACGCUGUAUCGCAAACGUAUCACAUUGCCCGUGUUCGAGUACAGAGCGGAUUUCAUGCGAUUACUUGCGGAACAUCAACGAAUUGUGUUGGUUGGCGAGACGGGCAGUGGAAAAACGACCCAAAUUCCGCAAUGGUGUGUCGAAUUCGCCAAAUCCAUGGGCAAAAAGGGAGUUGCUUGUACUCAACCGAGACGAGUCGCUGCAAUGUCGGUAGCGCAACGUGUUUCCGAGGAGAUGGAUGUGAUAUUGGGACAAGAAGUCGGCUACAGUAUUCGUUUUGAGGAUUGUUCGGGACCAAAAACCUUGUUGAAAUACAUGACAGACGGUAUGUUGUUGCGAGAAGCGAUGAGUGACCCCAUGUUGGAGGCUUAUCAAGUAAUUUUGCUUGACGAGGCUCACGAACGUACCUUGGCGACGGAUAUUUUGAUGGGUGUCUUGAAGGAAGUUAUUCGACAAAGACCCGAUUUGAAGCUCGUUAUUAUGUCUGCGACACUGGAUGCCGGCAAAUUUCAACAAUAUUUCGAUAAUGCGCCGCUCAUGAAUGUACCUGGCAGAACGCAUCCCGUCGAAAUUUUUUACACGCCUGAACCGGAACGCGAUUACUUGGAAGCUGCGAUUCGAACUGUCAUUCAGAUUCACAUGUGCGAAGAUGUCGAAGGGGAUAUUUUGAUGUUUUUGACUGGGCAAGAAGAGAUCGAGGAAGCAUGUAAGCGAAUUAAGCGUGAAAUGGACAAUUUGGGACCCGAAGCGGGAGAAUUGAAAUGUAUCCCGUUGUAUUCGACACUUCCGCCGGCAAUGCAACAGAAGAUUUUCGAGCCAGCGCCUCCGCGUAAAGCAAAUGGAGCGAUUGGAAGGAAAGUUGUCGUUUCGACAAAUAUUGCAGAAACGUCUUUGACAAUUGAUGGCGUCGUUUUUGUGAUUGAUCCGGGAUUUGCGAAACAAAAAGUUUAUAAUCCACGAAUUCGAGUUGAAAGUUUGCUCGUGUCGCCUAUUAGUAAGGCAAGUGCUCAACAGAGAGCUGGUAGAGCAGGAAGAACACGUCCCGGAAAAUGUUUCCGAUUGUACACAGAGAAGGCCUACAAGAAUGAGAUGCAAGAUAAUACUUAUCCAGAAAUUUUGAGAUCUAAUCUUGGAACUGUUGUACUUCAACUGAAAAAACUCGGCAUCGACGAUUUAGUUCAUUUCGAUUUUAUGGAUCCGCCAGCGCCUGAAACGCUCAUGAGAGCUCUCGAGUUACUCAAUUACUUGGCUGCCUUGGAUGACGAUGGAAAUUUGACAGAUUUGGGCGCUGUAAUGGCUGAAUUUCCCCUCGAUCCGCAAUUGGCAAAGAUGUUAAUUGCAAGUUGUCAACACAAUUGCUCCAAUGAAAUUCUGUCCAUUACCGCAAUGUUGUCGGUGCCGCAAUGCUUUGUAAGGCCAAAUGAAGCGAAGAAGACAGCUGACGACGCCAAACGGAGAUUUGCGCACAUCGAUGGCGAUCAUUUGACCUUGCUGAAUGUUUAUCAUGCAUUCAAACAAAGUAACGAAGACCCCAAUUGGUGCUACGAGAACUUUGUCAAUUACCGUUCAUUGAAAUCCGCCGACAAUGUGAGACAACAGCUUUCGCGUAUCAUGGAUCGCUUCAAUUUGAAACGAACCAGCACGGAUUUCACAUCACGCGAAUAUUAUGUCAACAUCCGCAAAGCCCUCGUACAAGGUUUCUUCAUGCAAGCGGCACAUCUUGAGAGAACAGGACACUAUCUGACGAUCAAAGAUAACCAAAUUGUUCAGUUGCAUCCCUCGAGUUGUCUGGAUCACAAGCCAGAUUGGGUGAUUUACAAUGAAUUUGUACUCACAACCAAAAAUUACAUUCGAACUGUUACUGAUGUUAAGCCUGAAUGGCUCAUCAAAAUCGCUCCUCAAUACUAUGACAUGAACAAUUUCCCACAAUGCGAGGCGAAACGACAGUUAGAGUUGAUCCAGAAUCGAAUGGAAUCAAAACAAUUCCAAAAAGGAUUCUAAGAAAAUUUUUGUAAGGCGGUUUAGGAAGACAUAAGACACUCACAGGAACACAAACAAUUAUUACACUAUCACUAUUCCUCAAAAAAAAAAACAUUAAAUAAUAAAAAUAAAAUUGGAAAAUCAAGAAAA